CAGAAACAACAAAAACAAGGUCUGGAAGCUGCAGAAGAUUACUUCAAAGAAGUUUGCGAUAUAUUUCAGCGAGAAGCAGCUAGACUUCGCCAAGAGCAGGAAGCGAUCGAUGCCAUGUCGAAGAAGUUGGAACAUGUUCACUUUUCCUCAACUAUACAUCUAAAUGUCGGGGGUCAUCGCUUCACAACAAGUCUUCAAACGAUUACCAAGGAUCCAAAUUCGAUGCUGGCAGCCAUGUUUUCUGGGAAGUUUGAAAUGAAACCUUGUGAAGACGGCGCUUUCUUCAUCGACCGAGAUGGAACUCACUUCCGGUUUAUACUUAAUUAUCUUCGCAAUGGUAAGUUGACUUUACCGGAAGGAGCAACAUUUCUGAAAGAACUUUCAGAUGAAGCUGAGUUCUACCAGAUCCAAGGAAUUCUGGAAGAGUUGAAGCCUAAAGCACCGAAGAAUUUUGAAGAAUCAGUGAUUCUGACAAAUGAAGAGCACCAAAGCAAGCUUAUUGGUUGGCUGCCUCAAUACAGUCAUUGGCAUCAACUGUUCCGAGCAACUCGAGAUGGCUUCACAGCUCAAGCUUUUCACGCAAAAUGUGAUAGCAAAGGACCCACGGUUACAAUUGUGAAAAGUGGAAACAAUAUUUUUGGAGGCUUCACGGAAAACUCAUGGAACAGUAAGUAAACACUUUUGAAAGGUUGAGUCGGUAGGAUAAGAUGGUGAUAAUGGAAAGCUGCUUUAGGACUGUUGAGUAUAUAAGUUAUUCCAAAAUUUGUACCAAAAAUAUUUUUGUCUUUUUCUUCUUUGAAACAGGUCACGCUGACUACUUGCACUGUUCACAGUCAUUCUUGUUUAGCAUCGUGAAUCCGCAAGGAGUGGCACCGUGUAAAAUGCCUCUUGUAAAAAAUCAGCAGUAUGCCAUUAAGUGCAAGAGCAACUAUGGUCCAACAUUUGGAGGAGGGCACGACAUAUAUAUAUCACCUAACUCAAACACAAGUGGCUCAAGUUACAGUAAUCUCGGCAACACGUAUCAGCUUCCCACCGGACAGCAGAACACAUUCUUCACGGGAGCUCCACAUUUCAACGUAACAGACUUCGAAGUCUUUGGAAUCUGCUAA